CUUCCUGUGGCGGUGUGAAACAGGCGGUUUAACUGACGGUGUGAUAGCACGACAAUGAUUUUAAUAAGUAAUAGAAUUAAAUUAUGCUCCUUAGCGUUUACAGCUGCUCGUAUGUAUGCAAGCGGGCCCCAAGUCAACAACAAUCCCGUCGUAUUCUUUGAUAUCGCAGCGGAUAAUCAGCCGCUGGGUCGAGUAACCUUCGAGCUGAAUGCCGACGUUGUUCCAAAAACAGCAGAGAAUUUCAGAGCGCUAUGUACUGGGGAGCAUGGCUUUGGCUACAAAGGCUCCAUCUUCCACAGAGUCAUUCCACAGUUCAUGUGUCAGGGCGGCGACUUCACCCAUCAAAAUGGCACGGGAGGAAAGUCCAUCUACGGCCCACGGUUUCCAGAUGAGAACUUCAAACUGAACCACACUGGGCCAGGUAUUCUUUCUAUGGCCAAUGCUGGACCCAACACCAAUGGCUCCCAGUUCUUCAUUUGCACUGCUAAAACACAGUGGCUGGAUGGGAAGCAUGUGGUGUUUGGCAGUGUGAAGGAUGGGAUGGAAGUGGUGAAGCAGGUGGAGGCUCUAGGCUCUCGCUCUGGAAAAACCUCCAAGAGGAUCACAAUUGCUGACUGUGGAGAGCUGAAGUAGAUUGAAUACAACUGUCUAUCCCAGCUCUAGAGCUCUGUAAUCACACUCAGCACUGAUCAAAAAUACACCUGAAACCUAGCAGAAAUGCACACAGCGUGAACCACUUAGCUGUGUGUGUGUAUGUUUUUUUUGCUGAAAAGUCUGCAUCAAUAACAGCCAUAUCUGGAGAUGUGCAUUAGGGCUGAAGUAAUGGGGUGGAUUAACUGGCUAAAUAUAGGCUUUGAACUCUUAGGUGAGUAGAGUUCUAAAUCUUGUUCUAAUGUGAAUGUUACUUAAAUUUUGUGAAAAAUAAACAUUUCAAGGGUGCUUCCUCUGUUCAAGAUGUACUUCUGGGUGAUUACAAACUUUAAAUGAUGUAAAACCUGACUGAAGUUUAUUUGAAUAACCAUGACUUCACUGAUUGUGUGUGUGUGUGCGUGCACACACUUGUACAAUGUAUAUUUGUGUGCAUGUGAGUUGGCUCUGAAUGUAGUGUUGCCUAAGGAAUGCAGAGGGUAUGUUCUGCAGUUAAGGGUAGUAAUUUGUUUAUUUUUCACUUUGUUUAGUCUUUCUUGUUUUGCUGAACUGUAACUAAUCUCAGGAAUAAAACCUUUGACAUGUGGUC